AAGAGAAAAUGACCAAACUGCAGGAGAUGGUGACGUUCAGGGACGUGGCUGUGGUCUUCAGCGAGGAGGAGCUGGGGCUGCUGGACGCUGCCCAGAGGAAACUGUACCGAGACGUGAUGCUGGAGAACUUCUGGAACCUUCUGUCAGUGGCACAUCAGCCCUUCAAACCAGAUCUGAUAGCCCAGCUGGAGAAGGAAGAGAAGCUUAGCAUGGUGGAGACCCAAGGAGGAAGCAAGGGUGGACAUGCUGUGAAGAGUGCUGAAGAUGUGGAAUUAAACUCCCUUUGUCCUAAUGGGCUCUCCUCCUGUCAGACCUGCGUGUUACCCAGGGCUCAGGACUUUGUGAGAAGAUGUCCGGGGAGGAACAUCUUGUCUCAGCACCAAGGAGAGCCUCCCUGCUCGGUGUGCGCAGGGAUGCCGGUUCAGAUUUCUGGAGAUGGGAGCUGCGUGUUGCCUCCUGUAGAUGGUGACUCUUCUUCUAUGAAAAAUCAAGAGUUUCCUUCCCAGCAGUCUCGGAGGGACUCAUGUCUCAGUGGGUCAUGUAAUUGCCAAUGGAAAGGUCAGCAAACAUCCAUGAGAAAUCAUUUCUGUAGAUGUGACAGCGUUGGUUGGUUCUCAUACCACAGUGACAAUGAGGGGGUACACAGAAAGGGGACAAGCUGUAGUUUCCAUGGCUACAGAGAAGAGACCAUGAGGGUGUUGUCACUUACGCAGGACUUGAUUAAACUGAGGCCCGAGCCCUGCCCAUGUACUGAGUGUAGGAGAGCCGGGGGCCCUGGCGACAGCAGAGACCACAGCUCUCACACACAUCAGCAGCUCGGUUCAAGAGGGAAGCCCUGUACAUGCAGUCCACGUGGAAAGGGCCGUCCCGGCAGGUCAGCUCUUCCCAUCCAUCGAAGUGUGGAGGCAGGGGAUACAGGUGCUGCUGAGAGGGCUCCCAUGCGGUCCCCUCCAGGAGCCUGCACAGAGCCAAGGCUGUGCCGGUGUGGUGAGAGCGUCCGUCACGGCUCCCCUCCUAACACUCCUGGAUGUGCCCACCCACGCCACACCUCCCAGAAGGGCAGCAUCCCCGAGAAAGCUUUUGAUUGCUCUUUACACUGUAAUAAUAAUUUUAGGGCCCAUAUUAGGGAAGAACCCAACAGAUAUGAGGAGAAUGGGAAUGUUUCUAAUCAGAGUUUACACCUUCAACUUAACCAGAAAACCCAUGCGGAAGGGAAGCCAUAUCCAGGUGUGGAGUCUAGAAAGGAUUUCACACAUUGCUCAAAUUUCAACACUCAGCACAGAGUUCAUGUGGAAGAGACUCUCCAUAACUCUGAGUGUGGUAAGCACUUCAGCCUGCCCCCACCUUUCCAGGACUUUCCAACAGUGGACGCCAGGGAACAAGCACAUAAGCAUACAUGUAGCCCCAGCUACAGUCAAAGUUUGUGUACUCAAGGCCAUCAGCAGCUUCACAUCGGAGAGAAGCCUUUUUAUGAAGAGGGUGGAAAUGGCCGGAGCUGGAGUCCCAGCCCCAGAGACCAUCAGAAACAGAAGCCUCACAAAUGCAACACCUGUGGGAAAGCCUUCAGUCACAGAUCGGUUCUUAACAUUCACCAGAGAAUCCAUACUGGAGAGAAGCCAUACAAGUGUGAGGAGUGUGGGAAAAAAUUCAGCCGGAGUGCCUACCUGCAAGGCCACCAGAGAGUUCACACUGGAGAGAAGCCGUACAAGUGUGAGGAGUGUGGGAAAAAAUUCAGCCGGAGUGCCUACCUGCAAGGCCACCAGAGAGUUCACACUGGAGAGAAGCCGUACAAGUGUGAGGAGUGUGGGAAGGGCUUCAGUCGGAGUUCACACCUUCAAGGCCACCAGAGAGUUCACACCGGAGAGAAGCCAUACCAGUGUGAGGAGUGUGGGAAGCGCUUCAGCUGGAGCUUUAACCUUCAAAUUCAUCAGCGGGUCCACUCAGGAGAAAAACCCUAUAAAUGUGGAGAGUGUGGCAAAGGCUUCAGCAAGGCCUCAACUCUCCUGGCCCAUGAGAGAGUCCACACGGGAGAGAAGCCUUACCAGUGUGACCAGUGUGGGAAGGGCUUCAGUCAGAAAUCAUACCUUCAAAGCCACCAGAGCGGUCACUCUGGAGAGAGACCAUAUGUGUGUGAGGUGUGUGGGAAAUCCUUCAGUCAGAGAGCAUAUCUCCAAGGUCACCGGAGAGUCCACACGAGAGUGAAGCCAUAUCAGUGUGAGGUGUGUGAGAAGCGCUUCAGCCAGAGUUCCCGCCUCGAAGCACACCGCAGGGUGCACAUGGCAGGGAAAGCAUACACAUGUGAGGUGUGCACGAAGGGAUUUAGUGAGCGCUCCCGCCUCCACGCACACCAGAGGGUCCACACAGAAGGAAGACCGUACAAAUGUGAACAGUGCGGUAAGGGCUUCAGCGGGUGUUCCAGUCUCCAGGCCCAUCACAGAGUCCACACUGGGGAGAAGCCAUACAAGUGUGAGGCGUGUGGGAAAGGCUUCAGCCAGAGGUCAAAUCUGCAAGCUCACCAGCGAGUCCACACGGGAGAGAAACCCUACACGUGUGAUGCCUGUGGUAAGGGUUUCCGUUGGAGCUCAGGCCUUCUGAUCCACCAGAGAGUCCAUAGGAGCAAGACGUUCUGUAGGAGGGAAGAGUGUAGAAGCAGUCACCCUUCUGAGAACCUAUGCAGAAACCAAGGCCUGUCCAAUGCCGUUCUGUUUUGUUAACGAAGGUGCAGUGCUUGUGCCCAACAUGAGUGCCAGCGGUGGUUGGGAAACCACGUGGUGUGGAGAUCUACCUGGAGUUUGCCAAAACCUCAGCAAGCUGUUGCCGAGGACCAAGGACUCCCUGACAUACAUGUCAGUGGGGAUUAACAGAAGUAUGAUGUCCAUGUCCGCCAGAACGUGAGCUUGAUGGCAGAGACUCUGUCCACUGCCAAGGCUGCAAGACCGUGACUGGAGAGGUGGCUCAGUGGUGACAAGUCCUGGCUGCCUUUGAGGAAGACCACAUGGUGGCUCUGUGACCCACACCAUGAUGCCCAGACAUGUGUGCAGGCAGAACACUCAUAUCCAGAGAAAUAAGUAAAUGAAACCAUGGUCUUUCCUAACUCAAAGUAGUCACUCAAUGAUAUUUGCUCUGUGAGUAAAAUACGCAAAGGUACACAUUUUAUUUUAAAGUGCAUUAGCAGGGGUCUCACUGGCAGUGCAAAUACAUGCAUAGUGUUUGAAAAGUGGGACCUCAAGCAAUAGGCUCGUCUGAUAAAACAGUAGUUUGGUUAGCACCCCUCACCCUGUCCUAAGCAGACAGGUGCAGAAUUCCUUAAAUAACUGGUCUUCCUCGUUAUGGUUCACUGUUAGGGCUGGCUGUGUAGCAUGUGCUUGUGUGC